GCUGCCUAUGCAACCAAAGCAUUCAUCAAUGGGAAAAAGUGGAAAGUUUUGAUUUCAGUAGUUCAUUAGUCCAUUUCAACCUUAUCUUAGGCUCUCUGUGAAUAACCAGCCGGACAAACCGAUUAGAGGCACGUAGACCUCUAGUCAAGAGUCAAGUGUCAAUGCUGUAGGUUCUGAUGUAAAGCCUCUUCAAGUUUCUUACAAAGCAGUUCUAGUCCCCCUGUGUCUGUUGUCCAAUCAAAUUGAGAGGAAUACAGUGUCACCUUUUCACCUUUUUCUGUGCGGCGCAUGUAGGGACCCCCCUCGUCCCUGUAUCCGUCCCUGACAGAGGCAAGGAUGACACCUGCAAGGAUGAGCCCGGCGAUAGCCUUUCCACCAAAAUGGAAACGGAAGCCAGCAACUCAUGGAACACUGAGGUCAAAGCGGGUGACGAUGGCAACGGAGCCCCCAGCAUGGCGCCGACUCGUGUCCAGUGUGAAGGACCAUUCACAUGCUCCUUCUGUGGAAAGCUAUACAAGUACAAAUUCUGGUAUGACAGACACCUGAUUUUAGGGUGUGGCGAUGUUGUGGGCGGAGUCGUGAGCAGCAGACUGGUUCCUGCGUCGUUUCAUUUAAGCAUGGAAGUAAAGAGUAAGGCGAAGGAAUGCUUUCUGGACAAAGGCCACGAUGGCGAAGACCGACAUCUUCCCCCCCAGUCUUGGUUGCCAUUUCGACACACUCCCGGAGCCCGGUGUCGCAUCCGCAGGUCCCUGCCUGGUUGGUAUGGAUCCUGUCCUGCGGGUCCAGCAGUGGGUGGUUGACAGCGUCCCGACAGAUCAGCUGGUGUAUCGCUUUAGUGUGCCUGACUGUGGUCAGAUCUUUAUGAAGGAGCGGGCACUUCUGGACCACCAGGGGGAGCACUUGGACCGUGAUUAUUUGUCAAUGAUCCAGAUAAGCAAUGUGAUGUCGCUGGUCACAACUCAAGAUAAGGUCCUGCCAAUGACAGAGGAAGCGGCUACAUCCGCAGGGAAGUGGAGGGAACCAGAGGGAGGAAGCCCCUCUUCAGGAUCGCAAGGGAAAGAUUUGGCUCCCUGUAAUGAGGCACAGGGAACCAGCAAAUUGAUUUGGAGGAACAUUGAUAAACUUACAGACAAACUAAGCUGGCGCUCUUGGGUCCAGAGAUGCCUACAAAACCGCACACGUGCAAGACAGAAAUGGCCAAACACAGAUGCCUUCACUGUUGACGGAUCCCUUGGGCAACUCGUAAAUGAUGAACCAAGACCAAAUUCAGAAAUGAAAAAAAUGGCAGUUGAUGGAUCGCCUCAUCUGUGUGUAUUUGCUAUAAAGAAUAUACAAAAGGGUGAGGAGAUUGUUUUCAACCACAUUGGAGUUGAUCUUCCAUGGCGCACCUCUACAAAGAGUGAGAAGACACAUACUCUGCAAGAUAGACCAGAACUGAUAGUGAAUGAGAGUAAGAAGACACAUAUGUUGCAAGAUGGACCAGAAAUUAUACUGAAUGUGAGUGAGAAGGCACAUACUCUGCAAGAUGGACUAGAAAUAUCAGUGAAUGAGAGUAAGAAGAUGCAUACUCUGCAAGAUGCAACAGAAAUGAUAGUGAAUGAGACUGCCGAAAGCUAAAGAAAAGAGAAGCAAAUGGAUCGCUGCAAUUCGCAGAAACAUCUGGAAUCCAGGCACCGAAACGUGGAUUUGCAGUUGUCAUCUUGUGUCAGAUUUUCAAGAUGGCGUUUGUUCCUGAGGUCAGGUUGCAUCGCACAGCACAACAACCUGAGCCCAACGUCAGUCUGCUCAUCAGUUUAACUUUCACUCCAUUUGUAAUCAGUGCCAUAUUAGCCAAUAAACACAAACCCAAUUAAAGCCGCAAGCGGCGUUGGAAGGGGUCCAAGCAUUGGCACCAUCGCGCCCCUUAUGGAGCGAUUUUAAAAUGGCUUUCUCCUCAUGAUCAUAUACCUUCACCCAACAUAUCUACUGAAUAUCAUGAUGAUUGUAUAAAAAAUUGAUGACUUAUGGCCAAUUUUGUGCUUAGAGACGCUGUCGGAUGACUUAGUUAGGUAGCCAUGGAUGUGUCCUGGCCGCUUCCCGUAAAGGCCUUUGCUAUGUCGUAACACUUAGAUGACAUGUCGUAACACUUAGAUGGCCCAGCGUGUGAGAAUGUACAGCUGCAGUGUUUCUGCGCCGCAACUAAAAAAAGCAUCACACUAGUGUUGACAUGAUACCAAAAUUUUGACUUUGAUAUCGAUACCAGGUUUAGUAUCACAAUACUCGAAACUGAAGCGAUACUGAUUCAAUACUCGGUACCUAACGAUACUGAAAUUACCUUAAUAGAUCAGAAACGUAAUGUCCACAAGGGUUGACCUCAUUUUCGAAUUCACGGUUUAUUAAAAACCUAGUUUAAUAACAACCUUUAAGUUGAAGCCUGUUCAACAUAUUAAUAAGCAUAGGCCUAUAGUGUUACAACACUAAAUAAUAGAAAAAUAUAUUAAAUAUAUUUCAAAAAUUUAACAAUUGUAAACUAAAUAAUCUUUAAACAGGUCUUUCACUUUUAAAUAAAUCUAAAAACAUCAUAUUUUAAUAACAAUACAGCAUCUUCCUAUAAUAAAAUGUUUACAAAUUAGAACACCUAAUGCUACUGAAGUCAACUGAGUCGAAGCUUGCGCUGUAUCAACGAAGGAAUGCACAAGCGCCCGUCACCUCACUUGGCAACCUUAGUUGCUACUGCCAUCUAGCGAAGAUUCUCACAAAUUACACUUUUCAUCCUCUCAAUCAGUAAUGCGGGAGACACAUUUCCCUGGCUUUUACAUUUGACACAAAACUACCGAAUGUCGGAAAAUUCUAAUACCAAACCGUUUCUUU